CGGAAGAUAUGAACUUCCGGCGGAAGGCGUAUUCCGGAAGUACUAGUCUUCUGGAAGAUGUCUACCAUUCGUUCAUAAACACCGGCGAAAGACGUCUUCCGGAAGAGGAGCAUCGCGCUUCGGUUGAACCCUGAGAAUCGCACGGCUCACCUGAGUCACGUGACGCCCACCCUCUCUCACCUGGAGGUCGCCGUUGAUGUUCACGCGGCACGGUGGUGGUGGUGGUGGUUGGUGCUGAUCUGAAGGUUCAAGCGUCCAGCUUACAAAGGCGAUCGUCAUGGCGGAGAAGAAGAAGAAGAAGGAGGAGGAGGGUGGUGGUGGUGGUGGAGGUGGUGGUGGUGGUGGUGGCGGCGUCUCAGCCCUGCAGGCUCUGCAGCGCGACACCGAGGGCCUGGUGGACGCCAUGAGGGACAAUGUGGAGCGCGUCGCCCAGCGUGGCGACAACGUCGACCGCCUACUGGAGAAGGGCGAGCAGCUGGACCAGACCGCCCAGCAGUUUGAGAGGGUCGCAGUGCGCACCGAGCGCCGGAUGCUGUGGAGGAACCGUCGCAUGAAGCUCAUCAUCGGCGCCAUCAUCGUCGCCAUCGUCCUCAUCGUCGCGGUCGCCAUCGCGGUCGCGGUGCACAGGAGCGGCGAUGGCGAUGGCGGACAAGUUGGGCCCAUCUCAACGCCCAGCCCUUGACUCUCGGGCCGUCGAGAGACACGGACGUCGUGGACCCCCCGGGAGACACGGCCAUCGUGAACCCCACUAGGAGACACGGCCAUCGUGGACCCCACUAGGAGACACGGCCAUCGUGAACCCCCCGGGAGACAC